CCCUACAGGUUCAGGCUGCCCAGUUUGCCAAGCAGACAGGCCAGUGGAUUGGAAUGGUGGAGAACUUCAACCAGGCCCUUAAGGAAAUUGGGGAUGUGGAGAACUGGGCUCGGAGCAUCGAGCUGGACAUGCGUACCAUUGCCACCGCGCUGGAAUACGUCUACAAGGGGCAGCUGCAGUCUGCACCAUCCUAGACUAAAACCCACCCCUCUUACCUCACCCUCCUGGACAGGAGGGAGACUGGGACGCUUAACACUCCUGGUCCACAGCAAGAGUCCACCCACUCCAGACUUUGACCUUAGCAGACGAAAAAGCUACAGCUUCACACAUUGUGUUGCCUGCCGGCUUUGCCCAAAGGCUGCCCUCAGCAGGGCAUCUCAUCCUACCAUGUGGCUGCCUCUGCUUCUGGCUGCCUUGCUGUGGGCAGUGCUGUGGUUGCUCAGAGACCGGCAGAGCCUGCCGGCCAAAGAUGCUUUCAUCUUCAUCACUGGCUGUGACUCGGGCUUUGGGCGCCUUCUGGCACUGCAACUUGACCAGAAGGGCUUCCAAGUCCUGGCCGGCUGCCUGACCCCCUCUGGGGCAGAAGACCUACAGCAGAUGGCCUCCUCCCGUCUCCACACAACCCUACUGGAUAUCACUGAUCCCCAGAAUGUCCAGCAAGUUGCCAAGUGGGUGAAGACACGUGUUGGAGAAACUGGGCUUUUUGGUCUGGUGAAUAAUGCUGGUAUAUCUGGUAUCAUCGGGCCCACACCAUGGCUGACACAGGAUGAUUUCCAGAGAGUGCUGAAUGUAAACACACUGGGCCCUAUUGGGGUCACCCUCGCCCUGCUGCCCCUGCUACAGCAGGCCAGGGGUCGGGUGGUCAACAUCACCAGUGUCUUGGGCCGCAUAGCAGCCAAUGGCGGGGGCUACUGUGUCUCCAAGUUUGGCCUGGAGGCCUUCUCUGACAGCCUGAGGCGGGACAUGGCUCCAUUUGGAGUAAAAGUCUCCAUUGUGGAGCCUGGCUUCUUCCGAACCCCUGUGACCAACCUGGAGAGUCUGGAGAACACCCUGAAGGCUUGUUGGGCCCGGCUACCUCCAGCUACACAGGCCCACUAUGGGGAAGCCUUCCUCACUACUUAUCUUCGAGUGCAGCGCCGCAUCAUGAAUCUGAUCUGUGACCCAGACCUAAGGAAGGUGACCAGUUGCCUGGAGCAUGCCCUGACUGCCCGCCACCCCCGAACACGCUACAGCCCGGGCUGGGACGCCAAGCUGCUCUGGCUGCCGGCCUCCUACCUUCCAGCCAGGGUAGUGGAUGCUGUGCUCACCUGGGUCCUUCCCCGGCCUGCCCAGUCAAUCUACUGAUUCCAGCUUUAGAGCAAGAGGCUGACUUUGAAAGGCAAGGCAUCUAUGUCUGUCUCUACCCGGUGUUCCCUGGUUUCUGACACAAAUUAGGCUCUCAAUAAAUAUGUAUUGCUUUAAAUAAAAAAGAUGUACAGAAAUGAA